AUGGCGGAUGACAAGACCUCAAAGCAAGCUACCCUGGGGUACGUUCGCGAUUCCCAGUUGACCCUCGGGCGCUUUUUUGGCUCUAAUGCCAAUCCUCCCCAGGCACCCAAGAAGCAGACUACACUCGCAUUCGGCGGAAAGAAAAAGAAAACAAAUGAUACACCCAAUGAGCCCGAAAAUGCUUCUGCUGCUCAGGAAACAGAAGAUGUGGAGAUGAAGACAGAGACAGAAAUUCCACAGCCUGAUGCCAGCGAGUCGGAGUCGACCAGUGGCUUUAAGCGUGACAAGGCUGAUGCGGCAGAAGAGAGCGAUGCUUCUGAUGUUCAGCCGGCUCCAAAGCGCCGUCGAAAGGCCUCUAAGGCCGCUGUUGAGGAAAGUCCGGCCGAAGUUGAUAUUUCUGACGUGGAGGUUGCGGAAGAAGACACGGCUUCAGAAAGCGAUUCAGAGACCAAGCCAGAAGUCAAAAAGAAGCAAAUGGAGAAGGUCCAGGCUACAUUGAAAUCGAGCGGCAAAGAUGCAUACCCCGACUGGAAAGCCGGCGACCCAGUGCCGUACGCUGCGCUGUGUACCACCUUUUCGCUCAUUGAAAUGACCAGCAAACGAUUGACUAUCAUUGCACUUUGUUCGCAAUUCCUCCAGCAGGUCCUGCGCUUGAGCCCCGACGACCUUCUUCCAACAGUCCAACUAAUGAUCUGCAAGCUGGCUGCGGAUUACACGGGCAUCGAACUGGGUAUUGGGGAGUCCUUGAUCAUGAAAGCCAUCGGCGAGAGUACUGGCCGCAGUCUGGCGGUGAUCCGAACCGAUCAGCACGAGAUUGGUGACUUGGGUCUAGUGGCAGCCAAAAGUCGAUCGAACCAGCCCACCAUGUUCAAGCCCAAAGCCCUCACUGUGAGGGGUGUCCACGAGGGUUUACUGGGUAUUGCAAAGGUCUCGGGCCAUGGAUCUCAGGACAAGAAGAUUUCCGGGAUCAAGAAGCUACUCUCGGCGGCAGAUGCCGAGGCAGCUGGCAAGGGUGGCAAGGGAAAGCUGCGACUUGGCCUUGCAGAGAAGACUCUCCUUGUGGCGUUGGCCCAGGCAGUUGUCUGCCACGAGGCUGCCGUUGCUGGGGAGAAGGCGCCUUCCGCGGAGAAAAUGGCCGAAGGAGAGACUGUUCUCAAGACCGUAUUCAGUGAGCUACCCUCAUACGAAGAGAUUAUUCCCGCCAUGAUCAAGCAUGGGAUUUUCAACCUGGGCGAUCACUGCAAGCUUCAGCCGGGAGUUCCUCUUAAGCCCAUGCUUGCAAAGCCAACCAAGUCGAUUACGGAAGUCCUGGACCGGUUUGAAGGCAAGGACUUUACCUGCGAGUACAAGUACGAUGGCGAGAGGGCCCAGAUUCAUUUUGUUGCCCCCAGCGCAGUUCAAAAUUUCCCAGCAUCUACCCAAACAUUACAGAAAGAAAGCAAGGGUCUGGCUUCUAUCUUUUCCCGAAACUCGGAAGACUUGUCUAAGAAGUAUCCCGAUAUUCUGGGCAAGUUGGAUACUUGGGUCAAGGACGGCGUGACCAGUUUUGUUCUGGACUGCGAGACUGUGGCUUGGGACACGGUCAACAAGAAGGUCCUUCCUUUCCAGCAGUUGAUGACCCGAAAGAAGAAGGAUGUCAAGGCAGAGGACGUGAAGGUCAAGGUUUGCGUGUUUGCUUUUGAUCUUUUGUUUUUCAAUGGCGAGCCGUGUGUCAAGAAAUCGCUGCGAGAGCGCCGAGAACUGCUCCAUGAGUGCUUUCAGCCGGUGGAAGGCGAGUUCCAGUUCGCGCAAUACGGAAAUACUAAUGAGCUCGACGAGAUUCAAGUCUUGCUUGACGAGAGCGUUAAAGCUUCUUGCGAGGGCCUCAUGGUAAAGAUGUUAGACACGUCAGAGAGUGGCUAUGAGCCCAGCAAACGAAGUCGAAACUGGCUCAAGGUUAAGAAGGAUUAUCUCGCCGGAGUGGGCGACUCCCUGGAUCUUGUGGUUCUCGGUGCUUAUUACGGCCGUGGCAAGCGUACUUCAGUAUACGGAGCAUUCCUGCUGGCUGCGUUCAAUCCCAACAACGAGACGUACGAGACCAUUUGCAACAUCGGCACUGGCUUCUCAGAAGCAGUGCUCGAAGAACUACACAAAGUCCUCUCCCCUAUGGUUAUCGACCGACCCAAGCCAUUUUACGCGCAUUCAAGCGUCCCUAAAGACCAGCCUGACGUGUGGUUCGAGCCCCGACUUGUUUGGGAGGUCAAGACAGCGGAUUUGACUCUCAGCCCUCGGUACAAGGCUGCCGCAGAUGAGUUUAAUGGAACCGCUGGUGAAGGAAAGGGCGUUUCUCUUCGCUUCCCCCGGUACAUCAAAGCUCGUGAUGAUAAAAAGCCCGAGCAGGCUACCACUACUCGCGCCGUUGCUGAAAUGUACCGCAAACAAGAAGCUGUCGCGAAGGAGAAUGCCGGCAAGAAGGGGGUCGACGAUGAUUUUGAAUAUUAG